GGCUCCCCCCGCUCCCCCCAUCGCCAUCUAACCCUCCAGGCCCGGGAGCCACCGCGGAGGGGACCCGAGACAGAUCCCGGCAGCCUUUCCCGGUUUCGGCCCUCCCCGGAAUGCCGUCGGGAUCCCGGUAAGCGCUCACCACGUGCCGAGCGCCGGGCCGGAGAGAGCCCGCGCCCGUUUUCCCGACGAGCAGGAUGACCCCCCGCCAGCAGCUGGUCCACUCGGUGCUGAAGGAGCUGCAGGAGGCGGCGGAGUGCCCGGGCCCGGAGGGCCUGACCAGCGCGGCGCUGGAGGCGGAGCGGACCCUGUCGUCCUUCUCCCUGCCCGGCUGCCGGCGGGGCGGCCCGCUGGCCCGGGAGGUGGAGGUGGACGCGGCGGCCCGCAGCCUGUACCCGGAGGACGCCCCCCGCCACAUGCUGCCCCUGGCCGGGCGCGGGCCGGGCAGCCGCCUGUUCGAGGCGGCCAGCCUGCUGCUGUGGGGCAGCCCCCGGCUGAGCCCCGAGCUGCGGGCCCGCACCGUGGUGGAGAUGGUCGUGCACAAGCGCUACUACCUGCGGGGCAUGAUCGACUCCAAGGUGAUGCUGCAGGCCGCCCGCUACUCCCUCUGCUCGGAGGAGUGCCCGGAGAUGAGCGGCCUGGCCCCGGCCACGCUGGAGGCCAUCUUCGACGUGGACGCCCAGGCCAGCUGCUUCCCGGGCAGCUUCAGCAACGUGUGGCACCUGUACGCGCUGGCCUCCGUGCUGCAGCGCAACAUCUACUCCAUCUACCCCAUGCACAACCUGAAGAUCCGGCCCUACUUCCACCGGCUCAUCCGGCCCCGCCGCUGCGACCGCUGCCCGGCCACGCUGCACAUCAUGUGGGCCGGCCAGCUGCUGCCCGGCGGCCGGGCCUUCCGGCCCCAGUACUUCGCCGCCGUGGUGGGCCUGGAGGAGGUGGGACCCCCCGCGCCGCCCCCGCCCCGCGACCCCCUCCUGGCCUCCGCCCGGCGGCCCGGGGUCACCCGCAGCACCUUCUACCGCUGGAAGCGCCAGUCGCGGGAGCAUCGGCAGCGGGCGGCCGCCCGCUUCGCGGCCAAGCGCUUCCUGCAGUCCUGCUUCCGCGACGGGCACGGGCUGCCCCUGCGGCGCUUCCGCCAGCUGUUCCCCGACAUCUCCCGCUCCACCUACUACGCCUGGAAGCACGAGCUGCGGGGCGGCGGCGGGGGCGAGGCGGCACCACCGCCGCCGGCGCCGGGGGACCGCGAGGCGCCCGCCGCGCCCGCCGCCCUCUUCAUGCAGGGCGCCAAGACCUACCUGCAGCGCUGCAUCUCCAUGAACGCCCUGGUGCCCUACCGCUGCUUCAAGCGCCGCUUCCCCGGCAUCUCUCGCUCCACCUACUACAACUGGCGCCGCAAGGCCCUCGACGGCAACCCCGGCCCGCCGCCCCCGCCGCCCCCGCCGCCCCCGCCUCCGCCGCGGCCGCCCCCCCGGGCCGCCCCGCCGCGGGCCGGGCCCUCCCUGUCCGGCCGGCGGCGGCGGAUGCGCCGGGCCGCCCGCGGCCUGGUCCAGCGGGGGCGGCUCCCCUUCUGCCGCUUCCGCCUGCGCUACCCGGCCCUGUCGCCCACCUCCUUCUGGCUCUGGAAGGGCCGGGCCCGGCCCCGGGGACCCCCCGCCGCCCCCGCCGCCGCCGCCGGCCCCCCGAUUCCCGCGGCCCGUCCGGGCCCGGAGGGCCGCGUGUUCGUCCUGGACGUCAUCGCCACGGCCCAGUUCAAGGCCCAGGCCAAGCUGUUCCUGCAGCGGCGCUUCGAAUCCAAGACCUUCCCGUCCUACAAGGAGUUCAGGGCCUGCUUCCCCCUGACCGCCCGCUCCACCUACUACAUGUGGAAGCGAGCCCUCCACGACGGCCUCUCCCUCGUGGACGCCUGAAGCCGGCGGGGCCGGUUGGGAUCCGGGACCAUCCGCCGGCUCCCCGAAGAGGAAGGGGAUCUCCGGCUCGGAGCGGCCGGGUUGCCGGGAAGCCGGAAUCGCGGCCUCCGGGAAGCGGCCCCUCCGCCCGGGGCGGGGGCGACGGUGGCCGAGGGCACCUCUCCGCCCCGGCCCCCCCCGCCGGGCGGGUGACGAGAGGGGACGUGUCCCCCUCGAAGCAAUAAAGAGAGUUUUC